AGCUGGAGAGGCGGCGAAGGCAGCGGAGGCAGAGUCCCAGCAGCGGCAGCGGCGGCGGCGGCGGCGGCAGCAGCCCGAGCAGCAACGGCGGCGGCGGCGGCGGCGGCAGCAGCCGGCACAGUGGCAGCCCCGGAGCGCGAGCUCCUCCGUGGGGAGGGGGCGAUGGCGACGGCCGAUGUGGCGCGCCAGGUGGAUGAAAAUUGCCGGACAAUCCCCCUCACCGGCCAUGUGGGGUUUGACAGCCUGCCCGACCAGCUGGUGAAUAAAUCGGUCAGCCAGGGUUUCUGUUUCAACAUCCUGUGUGUGGGGGAGACGGGUGUGGGCAAGUCCACCCUAAUGGACACACUGUUCAACACCAAGCUGGAAGGCGAGACAACCACCCACUACCUGCCUGGCGUCCAGCUCCGUUCCAAUACCUAUGACCUCCAGGAGAGUAAUGUGGGGCUGAAGCUCACUGUGGUGAGCACUGUGGGCUUUGGAGACCAGAUCAACAAGGAGGAUAGCUACAAGCCCAUUGUGGAGUUCAUCGAUGCCCAGUUCGAGGCGUACCUGCAGGAGGAGCUGAAGAUCCGAAGGGUACUGCACAGCUAUCAUGACUCCCGCAUUCACGUCUGCUUGUACUUCAUUGCACCCACGGGCCACUCGCUGAAGUCUCUGGACCUGGUGACCAUGAAGAAGCUGGAUAGCAAGGUCAACAUCAUCCCCAUCAUUGCCAAAUCUGAUGCUAUUGCCAAGAGUGAAUUAACCAAGUUCAAAAUCAAAAUCACCAGCGAGCUGGUGAGCAAUGGCGUACAGAUCUACCAGUUCCCUACUGAUGAUGAGUCGGUGGCUGAGCUCAACGGGACCAUGAAUGGCCACCUGCCAUUUGCGGUUGUUGGCAGCACAGAAGAAUUGAAGAUUGGCAACAAGAUGGUGAAGGCCCGCCAGUACCCAUGGGGCACUGUACAGGUCGAGAAUGAGGCCCACUGUGAUUUUGUGAAGCUCCGGGAGAUGCUGAUCCGAGUCAACAUGGAGGACCUCCGGGAGCAGACCCACAGCCGGCACUAUGAGCUAUACCGUCGCUGCAAGCUGGAAGAGAUGGGCUUCCAGGACACCGACCCAGACAACAAACCUUUUAGUUUGCAGGAGACCUAUGAAGCCAAGAGGAAUGAGUUCCUUGGAGAACUACAGAGAAAGGAGGAGGAAAUGAGGCAAAUGUUUGUCCAGAGAGUCAAAGAGAAAGAAGCAGAGCUCAAAGAAGCUGAGAAAGAGCUGCAUGAGAAAUUUGACCGUCUGAAGAAGAUACACCAGGAGGAGAAGAAGAAGCUGGAGGACAAAAAGAAGACUCUGGAUGAAGAAAUGAAUGCCUUUAAACAGAGGAAGUCAGCCGCUGAGCUGUCCCAGGGACAGCAGGCAGGGAGCUCCCAGACUCUCAAAAGAGACAAGGAGAAGAAGAAUUAACUCUGCUGUUUGCUGCAUGCCGCGUGAGCGCGAGGGCCCUGUAACCCGUGGCUGUGUACGGAAUAGUUUUCCCUGCUACAGCUGGAAUGGACCCACACUUGGCCUUUUAAGCUGAGGUUCCCUCUUUGAGAGCUUCUUCUAGCAUGCCAGCUAUGGUCCCCCUGCAAUAAUCAGCCCCUCACUGUCUCCCCUGCCCCCAUCCCAUAGCGCAGCCAGCAGCUUCCACUGCUCAUUUAUUUAGUUCAUACACAGGUGUAUGGAUUUGCUUUGAGUUUUUAGUGGGGAGGUUGAGGGAGGCCCCCUUAGUCUUUAGAACAGCUAGUAUUAGAGGAUUUUCCCCCUAAAGCGAGGGAAAGUGAAAAUCAGAUACCAGCAGACAUUUCCCUUUUUUGCCAACCAAAUGCCAAUUCUGUUUGGGCAUGGUGUAUUCACUGGGGAGUUGAAAUAUCUUUGCCUUGAUUGGCCAAUGGGCCAGUGGUCUAUGGGCAAAGAUACUUCAUAUGGCCCCAGUGAACAGCUAGUGGUGCUCCCCUCCCAAACAGCCAAAUACUUGGCAGUCUUUGUGGCUUCUGGUCCCAGGGAAGCUGCAUUGUUCGCCAUUUAACAUAGAAAAUCUCUACUCUUCCUAAUAUCCCCAAAGAAACCUAAGGAGUGUAUUCUGCAAUGAUGACUCCCACUGAUGGUUGGCUAUUUGCAUUGAAAAAAAAAUCCCCCUAUAGUGUAGUGAGCUGCAGAGAAUCGCCCUCAUUUGAUCCUUACCUGAACCUUAGGAGGGAAGAAUCCCUGAUUUACUGCAGAGCUGGCUGAGAUUCAGAGAUUUGUCCUAGCUCUCUCAUUUAGAGCUGAGAUUUGAACCCAGGUCCCUUGAUUCCAAAGCCAGCAUUCUUGCCACCAUGUCAAACUGCAUCUUCUCUAGAUAUAUGAUUAACACAGCAGCAGUGGAACCCGAUUGACUUGUUUUCCAGUCCCAUCUCUUUCAUUCAACUAUCCACAUGAUCCUGGCCAAAUCCCUUUCCUUUUGUGAGCCUUGGUUUCCCCCUCUGUCAGAUGAGAUCAUUAGACCAGAUGACUUUUCGAGCCCCUUCUAGCUCAGAUAUUCUUUGCUCCUGAGAAGUCCCUUUCCCUCCCAGGACCUUCGUUUGCUUCUCCAUAAAACAGGGUCCUUUGUCUUUGCCAUGAUUCUAAAAAUGGACAACCUUAUUCACAACUCUCUAUUUUCAUGUCAAUACUUGACCUCUCUGUAGAACUUUCCAUAAAUUCCCUAGGCAUUAUAGAGCCAAAGACUGUCAGAGCUGAAAAGGGGCCUCAGUGUCUCUGUAGGCCAAACCCAACUCAUUUGACAGAUGGGGAUGGAUAUCCAGUGUCAGGGGUCCCUUGGUGUUUCCAGUGAGCACUGGGGAGAAUAAAAGAUUCUCUUCUCUUUAUUCCCUUAUAACCCAUGUGUGAAAGUAAAUUCUGACCCAAGCUAUUAAACUAUUGAUGAACAUAUUUACUCUCUCAGGUAACCAAAUCUUACUGUAAAGACAAAAGGAAUGUCUUUUUUCCUUUAAAAAGCUUUCUAAAUUUUGGUAGUUGCUCUGAUAUAAAGCAAAAGGCAGCCGCAUCAUGGCCAGUGCUUUUCUAUGUGUACCUUGGACAGCUCCCCCCCUCCCUCAGUAGAGCCAAGAAGUUGGCUCUUGGGUUGCCAACCAUUGCUUGGGAUCAUUUUGAUAUUAAAUGCUGAUUUGAAAGUGCUUGCAUGUUCUGAUUAAAACAAACUGAUUUUCA